AUGGUCUCUAGCAAGCGAAUCUCGGAGCGGAGAAGGCAGCAGAAUCUGCGAGCGCAGAAGAGUUACAGAGAGAAACAGAAGCGACGCUUGGAGGUUCUCGAGAACCUCUUAUCCGCUGGGGCUAGAUCUUCUAAUCUCGGUCAAGCCAUAGAGUCGACCUACGCAUCAUCAGACACCUUACAAUCCUAUAGCAUCACGCAGCAGCCCACCCGCGGGACAGCUGGGCAGGGAUCCCCAUCACCUCCCACUAACAUCGGCAUUAACGAUGCCGACGCUCUGAGAAUUUUGGCUGCCACGAUAGAGCCCGAAAAGUUGGAGUGGGUGAAGACACGGAUGGACGAGUCCAACAUUACCAUUCAAGACAUCAUCAAAGCCGGGCUAGAUGUGAUCCAGCAGCAAGUGCCAGGGACCACAGCCCAUGGGGUACGCACAGAUAGGAUCCUAGUACCAAAGAACGGCAUGCAUGCGCAUUCCCUAUUACUACCCGAUGCGUACGCCAACCACCUCCACAUAAAGUUGUUUUCUACAGUGGCCGCUCUCCGUGCCAAUGCCGAGGCCCUAGACAUCAACUUUGACGACCUGAUCAUCGACGAAACCAUCUCUCCGUUCUACGCUGCAUCUGCGACUCCGGAUCUCACCGAGGAGAUUGUACAGACAAGGUUCCACCACUUGACGGCUGACUUGCAGCCAACUAUAUUGCAGGUCCGGCAUGUGCACCACCCUUAUAUCGAUCUCAUUCCAUCCCGGACAUUUCGACAGCGUGUGAUACAAGCCAUCUCUGUUGAGCCACCAAUGAUUGACGAAGACGACUUGUGCAAGGACAUUGAGCACGAUGGCCUCAUCUGUUGGGGGUCCCAGGUGAGGUCGCGCGAGGGCUCGCCCGUUGGAUCCGGGGCACCAUGGGAUAUUAGAAGCUGGGAGGCACAGACAUGGUUCAUUAAGAAGUGGUGGUUUCUCAUCGGUGGAAAGGAUGGGGAGCUAUUCAAGCAGAGUCAGUGGUGGCAUGCGCUUCGAGGGGAUAAGCUAGGCGGACAGUUCUUCUGA